GGAACAUCCACAACUCCCAAUGGCCGUGGUUCCAGUUCCGGAUGGCGGCGCCGGCAGCGAUCGGUUGAUCAUUGCACCCAAGCCUGGUGAUUAUCUCCCUCUCAAUCCCGGCGAAGCAUGUGCAGAUGUCAGAGUGCAGUUCAGUGGUUCCAUUGCGGGUCCCUGCGCUUUCUGGCUAGAGGCAAAUGGAACUGUGGGGAGCAUGAAUGUCCUGGAUAAGGUUCCUUCAGAGCCAGUGGUUUGGCACAAGGUUCCCGAAGGUCAGCACCGAGUUCAGCUGGUGCUUUGGACCCCUGCGGGAAUGGACGCGUCUUUGCGACCCAGCAAGCCAGAGGAUCUCUCCUCCUUCGAUUCGCGGGGUUCUGCCACGGUGGAUUUUCGGGUGAAGCGCUUUGAAGACUUCAUCCCAAGCUACGAGUGGAAGGAGGUGGAGAGAUGGCAUCAGUUACCUCCAGGCUUGGAAAUCGUGGGGGAUUUCUCCUCCUGUCGGUCCUGUCGAGCCAAGAUCCCGGACUGUUGGCCCUGGCGGGUCCAGGUGCAGGGCCAAGCCGAGGCGAUGGAGGUCCUGGUGCGGCGUGAGUCGACCAUGGCGGAGCUGUUGGAGCAGUUGCAGCUGUCGGAAUCGACCCAUGAAGUGGUAUGGUGCGAUGCGGAUGGGAAGCAUGAGUAUACACUGAAACCUAACUGGACUGCCCAGCAGGCAGAUCUCUUCAAAUAUCGAGACCAGGUGCAGGUGAGAAGAUUCGCCACUAUGGUCGACUAAAGUGACUAAAGUCCGUAGAACCACAUGGAAUGCUUGAGAAUAGCC